GUCAUCGAAAUGGGUAUUAAAAUACCACAUAUUCUUCUACUGACAUGUGCAGCCUCACUACAUUGGGUAUGCUCCAGCAAUAAUGAAUAUCCGACCACACUUCUGGCUGCUGCCUCGCUAAGUCAUCAAGAUCAUUCCGACACUCCGGUUCAUUUGAAGUUUCAACCUUCGAAGUACACUGAUAAUCUUAACGUCAGUAUAACAACACUAAAUCAACAUGUUAUUAAAUAUGAUGUGAAUACAGAUACCACCAACCCACUGAAUAUAGGUUCCACUUCCACAACACAGGCUUUCUUAUUAAAACUAAGUACUUGGAUCACGAACUACUGCGAGGAAAACGAGGAGUCCCUGGCACAGCUGAUGAACGCCAUUGUAACUAAGGAGCUCGAGAAGUGUGUCCUUGUGGUGGCUGCUGAUCAAACAUUCUGGUCAUCGCAUUUGAUGGAACUUCUCUCAAGACUCCCAAACUUAAAACAGAUAGUGAAGGUAAUGGGAGAGGAGGAGCUGGCGGAAGUGUUCUUGGAGGUGCAACAGUGUCGAGGUUAUGUCUUCCUACUAAGUGAUGCUGCGCCACUCUUCACCAUGACUCAAACUCUCUCGGGUCCAUGGGACUAUGAUGGCAGGUAUGUUGUGGUGGGCAUCUCACAGCAGCAGAUGGAAGCACUCACGCUCACUAAGAAGGGCAGGAAGACACAGCACCUGGUGGGUGUGUUCCAGUCAACGGUGGCGGGAGAGUACGAGGUGUUUGUCAACACUCUGUACCAAGAAGAGAAGCUGACCCGGGUCUUCACAUGGCAUGAUAAACGCUCUUCCAGUGCCUCGCUCAGCAUCUUCCCGGAUAAGAUCACUGAUCUCCACGGUGCUACGCUCAAUGUGGUAACAUUUGAAUUUCCUCCAAACGUCAUGUACUUGAGGUCGAGGGAGGGAGCUGUGAUCCUACGUUACGGGAUCGACAUAGACAUGGUCACCAGUUUAGCCAGGAUCUUCAACUUCACUAUAAACAUCUUGGAAUCUCCACCAGGUGAAAUGUGGGGAGAUAUAACUGCGAAUGGGACGUGGAACGGAAUGGUCGGACUGUUUGGUAGAGAGGAAGGAGAUAUUGGCGUGGCAAACAUUUUUAUUACGGCUGUGGGCGGUCGUCAAGAGUUUCAGGAGUACACCACUUAUUACGACCAGGAGUCGACAUGCUUUAUGAUCCAGAGUGAAGGUGAGUUUCCACGGUGGCAGUCACUCGCCCUGCCGUUCACUCGCACCACCUGGCUCGCCGUCCUGGUCGUUCUUAUUGUAACUGGUCCUCUUCUUUACUUUCUGGCAAAACUCACUGGUUUCAGUGGUGAGAAAAUGGCAGCUCAGUCUUUGUCGUAUACCACACUGUACACUGCAGGGAUGCACUUCAGGUAUUCUCUCCGAGUAGCUCCCAGCAGCGCAAGUCUGCAAGUGUUUCUUUUGUUUCUGUGGUUUUAUAUCACCAUCAUCACCACAGGUUAUUGUUCCAACCUCACAGCUUUCCUCACGGUGGAUCGAUCUCCUCCUGGAAUUAAUUCUAUAAAGGAACUGUACCACUCAUCGCUCUCUGUCUUUGGUCUCGGAUCAUUUUUUGGUUACUCUAUGGCUGAGUCUACCAAUGAGGACCUCAGGGGUUUGUCUAAACGAUUCAUAUCAAUGAGAAGUUUCGAGGACAUCAGUCAUGAGGUACUGAUGGGUAAAGGUGUGAUGAUACAGACACGACGAUAUCAUCAGUUUUCCAUGACUCGCCUCACUACCUCUCUGGGAAUCCCGAUGGUCAGGAUUAUGACGGAAUGUUUCUUGCCAUUCAACGUCGCUAUUGCUCUCCAGAGUCACUCUCCACUGAAGAAAAGCUUCGACCGUGUUGUGGGACUGAUCUCCCAAGCCGGCCUCGUCAACUUCUGGUUCAAGCAGGCGCUUGUACUCUCACAAACGCAUUCAGCCCAGUACUGCCUUGUACUGUACACCUCGAAUUUCCUUUCCCUUUACGACGUUAAACGACAGGAACGUCACAGUUUACGUAAAUGA